AUGGGUGCCAUGCUUUGUUGGGCUAUUUGGCAAGACAUGAAUAAUAAAGUUUGGAAUGGCAAGUCUGGGUCAGUUAAAAAUGUUAUGGCUUUAGCAAGAACUAAUCUUGAACAGUGGUUAUUUGCUCAAGAAAAAAACUUUUCACCCUCUUCUUUCUCGGUUGGGAUUGGAGAAGGGGAUAAGCAAUGGUGUGCCCCUCAUGUUGAUUAUUACAAGAUUAAUGUUGAUGCUGCAACUUUUAGUGACAAGCACAGAUUCGACUUUGGUUGGGUUCUUCGAGAUGCUAAAGGCUAUGUCAUUCAAGCUAGAUCGGGUUCAAGGCAUGGGUGUGUGGAUCCGGGUUUCGCCGAGGCUCUUGGAUUGAAGGAGGUUCUUAGUUGGAUAAAGACUUCAAACUUCUCUAAUGUUAUGGGGGAGACGGACAGCCUUGUCACGGUCCAAGCUCUUCGGAGUUCAGUGAUUAUGGCCUCUCCGUUUGGAAAUUGUAUUGAGGAGUACAAAUAUCUUCUUUCUAGUUUAAACAAUGUUAAUUUUUGCUUUGUUAAACGAUCUGCCAACCGUGUUGCUCAUGCUUUUGCUCAAGACUCAUGGUUAUAUGCUGAUCGUAGUUAUUCGGGUAGUUCUAUCCCGAGUAACAUUCUUGAUGUAAUCAUGCAUGAAAUGGUUUAA